CAGAGCAGCUGAAUGCCGGCGAAACUAACUUUCUGUUCCCGGAGGACAACCCACAAACACCGAACCACAUUCUGCGCUUCCCAAGGCUCGUGCUCCGCCGUCUUCAGGAAUCUUCUGGCGGUGCGCCAUCGGGACAGUGAGCCAUGGCAGUGCCCAAACUCUCCAGUGGUGGAACAGUGAAGAUCCGAUUCAACAGCAUGGACCUGGGCACCACCAAGUGGAAAGAGGGAACGUUUGAGAUCCUGGAGAAGGACAACAAAGUCAACCUGAGCUUGAGGUACAACAGCGGUGGAGCAACCAGGACCUUCCAGCUGAAUCAGAACGUGAAGAGCUGUACCCAGAACCAGAACCGGAUCAUGCUGACCCUGAAGGACAACAGCGUCAUCACUCUGGAUAAAAUGCCCGCCCAGCUGGUUCAGAGGACCAAGGAGUACCUGGAGAAGCUGAAACAAGGGAAACCGGUCUUGAAAUCGUCCCAUGGCAGUGCCAACUUCGGCGUUCUCGGUAACCGGCCCAUGAAGAACGAGAACAGCCCGUCUGGGGACAGACAGACGACGCCGAGGCGGCAGAGCGCCGACGGCCGGGACGACUCCACCCCGCGGAAACCUCUGAGCAGCCCGAGCAGAGCGGCCUCCACGCCGACACGCAGCGGACUCUCUGAAAACAGGGGGGAGAAGAGGAAGAGGCUGCUGAACUCUGAAAGCGACCUGACAGAGGAUUACCCCAAGGAGAACGACUCCUCCAGCAACAACAAGGCCACUUCGGACCCGUCCAGGAAGUUUCUGCUGAGCUGCAAAGAUAAACUGAAGCAGAGUGAGGAGAACCGAAGCUCAGCCCCGCUGGGCUCCGCCCCUCUUCAGCCGACCUCGUUCUACGGCAGCCGAUCCGGAACCAAAGACUACGGCCAGAGCCACUCGUUCCUGGACAGGGCCUCCGGCGCCGCUCAGACCUCCACCACCAAGAGAAGCCUGAUGCUGCCCAACCACUCCACUCCCUUUAAGAAAGUCCGUCCGUCUCUGGAUUACGGCUGGAACAAGCAGAGACCGUCCAGCCUGGCGCAGCCGCAGCCGCCCCUGCAGGGGUUCUCCAACCUGGGAAACACCUGCUACAUGAACGCCAUCCUGCAGUCGCUGUUCAGCCUCCCCUCGUUCUCCAACGACAUGCUGAAGCAGAGCAUCACCUGGAAGAAGGUUCCUGUCAACGCCUUGCUCAGGCGCUUCGCCCACCUGAUGGUGAAGAAGGAUGUGGCCUGUCCAGAAACCAAGAAGGAUCUGCUGAGGAAGGUGAAGAACGCCAUCUCCUCCACGGCUGAACGCUUCUCUGGGAACGUGCAGAACGACGCUCACGAGUUCCUGAGUCAGUGUUUGGAUCAGCUGAAGGACGACGUCGAGAAGAUGAGCAAAAGCCUGGCGAUCGACACGGCCGCUUCCUCUUCCUCCUUGGUGACGUGUGACGGCCCUGCGGAGGCGACGCCCGGCGACGAGGCCGACACCUCCCGCAUCUACACCUGUCCCGUGGCCGUCAACAUGGAGUUCGAGGUGCAGCACACCAUCACCUGCAAAUGCUGUGGUGAGGUGGUGAACAAACGCGAACAGUUCAACGACCUUUCCAUCGACCUGCCGCGCAGGAAGAAAACGCUGCCGCUGCGCUCCAUCCAGGACUCCCUGGACCUCUUCUUCAGGAUGGAGGAGAUUGAAUAUUCGUGUGAAAAGUGCAGCGGGAAAUCUGCAACGGUUACUCACAAGUUCAGCAAACUGCCCAGAGUCCUCAUCCUCCACCUGAAGAGGUACAGCUUCAACGCCCAGCUGUCCCUGAACAGCAAGCUGGGCCAGCAGGUUCUGAUCCCGCGGUACCUGACGCUGCUGUCCCACUGCACCGACGGCACCCGGCCCCCCGUCAGCCUGAACUGGACCCCCCAACCCGCCACGUCCAGAACCCUGAAACCGUCACAGGCCAUCAACUCCUCCACUACUCCUCAGAGGAGAGUUGGAGGGAAAUCCUCCAGCUGCAGCGCCGCCCUGCUGGACUCAGACUACGAAGACGAACCCACCAGGAAGGUGAACGUGAGCCGCAGGCGGCGCCUCAGCGUCUGCCUGCCUGAGGAGGACGACCGUCCAGAGGAGAAGCCGGCGGCGGCGGCGAUGGAUUCGACAGAAUUCAGUGGCAUAAACGACGACGAGAUGUUAGCCGCCGUGCUGGAGAUGAGCCGACAGGAAGCCGGGCUUCCUGCAGCGGCGCCGCUGGAGGACGAGCCGACCAGCAGCCCUGACACCGGCUUCGGAGACUCAGACGUUCACGACAUGGCUUAUCACACGGAGCUGCUGGAAACAGACAGCAAGCAGCCUGCAGACGUUCUGGACUCCCUGGAUCUGACCAUGGAUGAGAACAAGGAGAACCAGACGCCGGAGGGCGCGCAGCAGCCGGGCGAGCUGGACUGGGUCCAGCAGUACAACCUGGACCAGGAGCGGGAGGAGCAGGAGCUGCAGCAGGCGCUGGCCCAGAGUCUGCAGGAACACGAAGCCCAGGAGAUGAGGGAAGACGACGACCUGAAGAGAGCCACGGAGCUCAGCCUCCAAGAGUUCAACAACUCGCUGCCGGAGCUGCUGUGUUCGGACGACGACUCCGGGAACGAAGACGUCUUGGACAUGGAGUACACCGAAGCCGAGGCGGAGACCCUGAAGAGGAACGCCGAGGCCGGAGAUCUGGCCAACUCCUACCGACUCAUCAGCGUCGUCAGCCACAUCGGGAGCAGCUCUUCCUCUGGACAUUACAUCAGCGACGUCUACGACAUGAAGAAACAGUCGUGGCUGACCUACAACGACCUUGACGUGUCGCGCACGCAGGAGGCCGCUGUGCAGCGGGACCGCGACCGCAGCGGAUACAUCUUCUUCUACAUGCACAGGUGGGUCAGUGAGUCUGAGCGACAGCCAGUCGAUCCUUUUUCAGAAGUCGAUGUUUUCGAGCAGCUGUCGGAGAUGAGCGGUCCGGAACCAGCAGCGCCUCUGAAGCAGGAAGGAACGUCCUGCAGCCGCUCUGAGGAUCCUGCCGCUCCCUGCUAG